AGAAAAUGAAGGAGGGCGAUAUAGUAGAUCGUCGCAAGAAGGCGUAUUCUAGCGUCGCCUUUUCAUAUAGCGAGGAGACCAUGUUCGACUGUACUCCGGACGCCAUUCACUGCGAGAAUCCAUACGGUGACUGUAUUCCCAGCUAUUGGCGAUGUGAUGGCAUCGUGGAUUGCAAAGGAAGCGAAGAUGAAAAUGACUGCCCAUCUACCUAUUCCAGCAUGUAUGAGUACAGCGAUGAGACCAUGUUCGAAUGCACCGACAACGCCAUUCACUGUGAGAACGCUUACGGGGACUGCAUUCCUGAAUACUGGCGAUGUGAUUAUAUCAUCGAUUGCAACGACGGACAGGAUGAAACAGGAUGUGAAGAUGAAAAGCGAAUGCUGCAGGCUAGGUUAGUACUGUUAUUGGAUACGGGAAACAUGAAUGCAAUGGUGGCAGAAUGA